GCAAGAUAUCUUAAUUCCAUCUCGAUUUCUAAUGAUAUAGAAUUACUUUUGAGACAAGAUAAGAUAUGGGAUCAAAAUUUAGUCUCAAAUCUUUUUUUUUUUUUUGGGACAGGACAUGAGACAUGGGUGUUUCAAUCUCAUCUUGUCUCAUGAAUAUCUCUAUUUUUAAUCCAUCAUUUAUAAUCUUGUUUAGUAUUUUAAGAGUCAAGCUAGCUAACUAGCCCAAACUUUCUCAAACUUUCAAUACAACGACUAACUAAUUUGCUGUAAGUUUAAUGGGAUAUCUCCACUAGAGACACUUCCUCAUGAUUUGCACUUUGUAUCACAUUUCUUUAACAUGCGCUGACAUGCAUGAUAAAAGAUUAAGGUUUCAUUUGGUAUAAUAGAAAUGUGUAGUAUGGAAAUGCAUAUGAAAAUAAAAUUGGGAUAAAUGUUUGUUUGGUAUACGAUGGAAUUGAAAAAUUUAUCAAUUCCAGUUUCACCAAAACUGAUGGAAUUGAUUGCCAUCAUGCAAUCUCAGUUUUCAAAUUUCAUGUCCCUUCUUUCAUUUUUGACCUUUUCCUCUCUUCUCACCCUCGUACUCUUCGAUCAAUGUUCCUCUAUCCCUCUCUUCCCUCAUUGCGUUUGAAACCAUGAGGAUCCAAGGAGGAUAUGAACAUUGUUGAAGAAUUGAAGCUCAGAGACUCUAUUACUUCAGCCUCCAUGUCUGAUGAAGAUGACGACAACGCUAGCAGAGAUAGUUGUCAAGCUUCACGCCCACCUCCAUCAUCUCCUCCCUCUAUCGCCGACGAUGACCCACCUUCCAGAUCUAACAAUGACACAGAUGACACAGGAGGAGCAAAGAACAAAGAUGAAGGCCAAGAUCUUACAAUGAUGCAUACGACUGUGACCUUUAUCACUGGAAAUGAUACUUCCACAUUAGUUGUGAACGUUGGUACUGGAAGGCCAAUUUCCAAAAACUUUUUUGGAGUAUUCUUUGAGGAAAUUAAUCACGCUGGCGCUGGUGGAUUGUGGGCUGAGCUAGUCAGCAACAGAGGUUUUGAAGAACAAGGUUCACAACUUCCAGCAGGCAUCUUUCCAUGGUCAAUAAUAGGGGAUGAAUCAAACAUUUAUGUUGAAACUGAAGCUACGUCUUUGUUUCCCAUGAACAAAGUUGCUGUCAGAUUGGAUAUUCUCUGUCCUUCACCUUCAAAAUGUCCUAAUGGUGUUGGCCUUUCCAACCCUGGUUUUUGGGGCAUGAAUAUUGAGCAAGGGAAGAAAUAUAGAAUUAUAUUCUAUCUUCGUGCCUUAGGACCAAUUAAUUUGAAAGUGGCAUUUACUGGAGCUAAUGGAAAAGAGUUGGCUUCACAUAACAUCAAGACUUAUGCAAGUUAUGUGAGGAGAUGGAAAAAGUUUGAGACUAUUCUUGAAGCUACAGCAUCAGAUGUCAAUGCAAGCCUUCAAUUAACGACGACCCAGAAAGGAACUAUGUGGUUGGAUCAAGUGUCAGCAAUGCCUAUGGACACAUACAAGGGACAUGGUUUUAGAAAUGACCUUUUUCAAAAGGCGGCUGAUUUGAAGCCAAAAUUUCUCAGAUUUCCUGGUGGCUGUUAUGUUGAAGGAAGUUAUAUGAGAAAUGCAUUCAGGUGGAAGUACACCAUUGGACCAUGGGAGAAGAGACCUGGUCACUUCAAUGAUGCAUGGGGUUAUUGGGUUGAUGAUGGAUUUGGUUAUUUAGAAUUUCUUCAGUUGGCAGAGGAUCUUGGCGCAGCCCCAAUAUGGGUAUUUAACACUGGUAUUAGCUUUCACGACUCAGUCAAUACCACGGGAAUUGGUCCUAUGAUUCAGGAAGCUCUUGAUGGUAUUGAAUUUACUAGAGGUCCUGCCACAUCAAGAUGGGGUAAAAUAAGAGCUUCUUUAGGUCACCCUGAACCCUUUGACUUACAGUAUGUUGCUAUUGGAAACGAGAAUUGUGGUAUGCCUAACUACCAUGGGAACUAUCUUAAGUUCUACGCUGCCAUAAAACGUGCAUAUCCAGAUAUGCAAAUUAUAUCAAAUUGCGAUGCUACUGCAAAACCUUUGGACCACCCGGCAGAAUUAUAUGACUUCCACAUAUAUAAAGAUUCUACAACUAUGUUCAAAAACUAUACCAAGUUUGAUAAGAUACCUCGUUCCGGUCCUAAGGCUUUUGUUAGUGAAUAUGCUGUUCAAGAGGGUGAUGCCGCAAAAAAUAACGGAACCCUCUUAGCUGCAUUGGGUGAAGCUGGAUUCCUUAUGGGAUUGGAGAAGAACAGUGAUGUGGUUGAAUUGGUGAGCUAUGCACCAUUGUUUGUUAAUACACAUGAUAGGAGGUGGAUGCCCGAUGCUAUUGUAUUUGACUCGCAUCAGAGUUAUGCAACUCCAAGCUAUUAUUUGCAAAAGCUUUUCAUAGAGUCAAGCGGAGCAACAUAUUUGAACUCUACACUUGAAGCUCCUCCUUCAAUCCUUGCGUCUGCAAUUAUGUUCACAAAUUCAACCAACAAGAAGAGUUACAUAAGAGUGAAGGUUGUUAACUUCAAUGAGAAUCCUGCAACUCUUAAGAUCACUCUCAAUGGAUUGGGCACAAAUGUGAAACUAUCAGGAGCAACGAAGACAGUGAUCACAUCUGCUAAUGCACUGGAUGAGAAUUCCUUUAAAGAGCCUACAAAGGUUGUUCCAGUACAGAGUCCACUGGAUAAUGCUGGAAAGGACACAACUGUCACGCUCCCUCCACAUUCAGUCUCAGCUUUUGAUUUCCCAAAGUGAUUGACCACUUUUGAUGAUUCCCUUAUAUUUUUGUUUUAGUUUA